UAGUAUAGCUAUAUAUAUAUAAACCUUUACAUAUAUUCAUCUUUCUUCUGCGAUUCAGAAAAAACUCAUCCAUGGCAAGAGUCAACUCAGCUGCUGCUACUGUCAGAAGGCUUGAGGGGAAAGUGGCGAUUAUCACUGGUGGUGCCAGCGGCAUAGGUGAGGCCACCGCAAGACUCUUCUCUAAGCACGGAGCUCAUGUGGUGAUAGCUGAUAUUCAAGACGAUUUGGGUCUUUCUCUCUGCAAUGAGUUGGAAUCAGCUAUCUAUGUUCAUUGUGACGUGACAAAGGAAGAAGACGUCGAAAACUGCGUCAACGUAGCUGUUUCCAAGUACGAGAAGCUGGACAUCAUGGUUAAUAACGCGGGUCAAUUGAAUGAGUUCAAACGAAGCAUUCUGGAAAACACAAAGUCUGAGUUUGAGAGAGUGAUAAGAGUGAACAUGGUUGGCCCAUUUCUGGGAACAAAGCACGCUGCAAGAGUGAUGAUUCCUGCUAAAAGGGGUUGCAUAAUUAACACGGCUAGUGUUGCCGGAUGCAUAGGUGGAGGUGCUACACAUGCCUACACCAGUUCAAAGCAUGGGCUUGUGGGGCUGAUGAAAAACACUGCGGUGGAGCUCGGACAAUUCGGUAUUCGGGUGAACUGUGUAUCGCCUUAUCUGGUUGCGACACCGAUGUUAAAUGAGUAUUUCAAUAUUGAUGAAGAAGGAGUUCGUGAGGCUUAUUCCAACCUAAAAGGUUCUUAUCUUGUGACCAACGAUGUGGCCGAAGCUGUUGUUUAUUUGGCAGGUGAUGAGUCUAAGUAUGUUAGUGGUCACAAUCUUGUGUUAGAUGGAGGAUUCUCCAUUACAAAUGCAGGAUUUUCUCCUUGGCAGUCUGUGUGAGAGAAAGACACGUUU